GGAAAACACUUCGCAACUGAAGUUCGGUUCUCUGCUCCGUUUGGCUCGUAAAUGUUUUAAACAGUUUCAAACCUUCCCUGAUAUUAGAAGAGUCCGUUAACGACAUAUAUAUAUAUAUAUUUUUUUUUAAUCUUCGCGCGUGCCCUUGGUCGAACAGAGCAAGCGCGCGCAGGCCCAUACACACACACACGCGCACAGACGGUUGGCUAACACUCCCACUACAAGAGGGCUCUCUGCGCUGGAAUCUGCGAUUCACAGCAUCUGAAGCUAAAGAGGGGACAAACAGGCAGAUAGAGCCUCGCCAGCAGGACGAAGGGAUGGAGUUUCCUGUGGACGUGUUGGUGUCUGUAAGCCAUGAAGAGCUGGAGAGAUCCGCCCACAGCUACAUGUCUGAGCUACUUUACAGUGACCCUGAGCAUGGCCAGUACUUCACACUGACCACUGGGAGGAAGAUUCGCAUCAGUCUGUCCAACGUGGGCUUCGUUCCUCUGUAUGGAGCAAAUCUAAAGCACAAAGUCCUGGCUCUGUUUGCCCCGGAGGACCAGUUCACAGCUGUGGCUUUGUUUUUGGAUGACCAGUGGUAUGCUGUGGACGACAUCCUCAGAACAGCGGACCCUGCACGAGAAGGCCUCAUCAAGGUGAGGUCUGUUGCAGAGAGAAUUGUGCUGUACGUGCUGAAUCGCAUCAUUUACCGCACUAAUGAGAUGAGUGCUGGAGAGGUGCCCUUUCUGUGCCAUGGUGAAAACGACUACACCAAAAUCCUCUGGAAGAGCGGGGAGGCUGUGGGCUUCUACUCGGUCAAACCCAGAGGCAGCCUGUGUAACAACUUUGUGAGCCAGUGCUACCUCCUGCCUGUCAUGGACUCCAUAUUUGUGAGGAAGAGUCACCGUGGAAACGAGCACGGGCUGCAGAUGCUGGAGGACUACGUGGAUAGUUUUAAAGAUGAUGAACUCGGUCUGAAAUACCCUCUAUCGCCAGCUAUGUCCAGAGUGUGCAGGCACUACCUGAACAGGUACCCGGCGGAUGUGGACCUGCUGUGGGAGGUGGAGGGUGUCGGCGGUCCCUACCAGAAAACCAGAGUGGCCAGCAAACUCAGCACUCACGCACUCAGAGAUGGGCUCCUCUCGUGGGGAAAGGAUGACGGCAAGAACAGACAGACGGUGGCGGACAAGGUGGAGAUGACUGAGGAAACCAGCCUCGAUAUCACGGAGGAAAUCAUUGUCGUCAACAAGCAUCUUAAAGUAGCUGAAGAGACGCAUGAUACGCCGAUCUCCACGCGCACUCGGAGCAGUGAGCAUAAGCGGAAGAAGCGAAUGAGAGAGGAAAAGGAGAUGAGUGCGGCGGAGAGCCAGCCGGAGAAAAUUUGCAGGGUAGAAGAGCCAGAAACUGAAGCUGUGGCCCAGGAGGCAGAAGGAGAGAAGAGUGGAGAAGAGGUGGCAGAGUCUGCCCCAGAACCUGCUGUUGGAACUGAAGACCAAGUGGCCCCUGAGGCUCCUACAGUGGAACAGGAGCCUAAAGAACAGGUCGUGGAGGUGAAUGGGGAGCUGACUGAGGAACAGGUAGUAGAGCUUAACGAGGAGGAGGCACAGGGGAGCAUAGAGGCUGAGGCUGUCCUUCAAAAUGGCACAGUUGGAGAGGAAGAGGAGGAGAUGGAUGUGGAUGAAGCGGCUGAGAAACAGGAUCCCAUAGAUACUGUGGAUUCUCUUGAGGAUGCAGCUGUGGACGAGCCAAAAGACGUAGAUGAGGAGAAUCCAGAAGGAGAGGUGGAUACUGUAGCUAAUGAGCACCAAGAAGAAGAUUCUCCUGUGGCGGAGGAGCAAGAGGUUUCUCCUGCAGCUGAGGAAGAAGGGCUUGCUGAGGACAAACUACCAGAGGAAGCACCUCAAGUUGCUGUAGCUGAGGAGAAGGAGGAAAAGGAGGUAGAUCAUUCAGCUGAGGAGAAACAAGAGGUAGCUUGUGAAGCUGAGGAGAACCUGGAAGUUUCUCCUGAAGCUGAGGAGAAACAAGAGGUAGCUUGUGAAGCUGAGGAGAAACUGGAAGUUGCUCCUGAAGCUGAGGAAAAACAAGAGGUAGCUGGUGAAGCUGAGGAGAAACAAGAGGUAGCUUGUGAAGCUGAGGAGAAACUGGAAGUUGCUCCUGAAGCUGAGGAGAAACAAGAGGUAGCUCCUGACGCUGAGGAGAAACAAGAGGUAGCUCCUGAAGCUGAGGAGAAACAAGAGGUAGCUCCUGACACUGAGGAGAAACUGGAGGCACCUCCUGAAACUGAGGAGAAACUGAAGGCACCUCCUGAGGUUGAGGAGAAAUUGGAGGCAUCUUCUGAAGCUGAGGAGAAACUGGAGGCACCUCCUGAAGCUGAGGAGAAACAGGAAGCAGUUGGUAAAGCUGAGGAGAAACUGGAGGCACCUCCUGAAGCUGAGGAGAAACAGGAAGCAGUUUGUAAAGCUGAGGAGAAACAGGAAGCAAUUUCUACAGCUGAGGAGAAACAGGAGGUAUCUCCUGUAAAUGAGAACAAACAGCAAAUAGCUCCAGUAGAUGAGGACGUUAAUGAGCCCGAGCUCGCUCCGACUGAGGAAUCUUCAGAAGAGGCAACUGAUGCUCCUUCUGAGGGCCAACAGGGACAAGAGGAGCCGAUGGAGAUGGAGGAAUCUCCUGUGGAGCAAGAGGGAGUGCAGGAAGCCUCCACAGAGCCUCCUAAAGAGGAAGAGAGCCAGCCUGAGGCAGAGAAAGAAGAUGAAAAUAUGGACAGAUUAGAACUAGAGGAGGAAGAGGAAGAGGAGGUGCAAAAGAAGGAACAAGGUGGAGGUGAGGAGAACACAGUUGCCAUGGCAGAAGACGAGUGCAGGGGCGAGGGGGAGGACAAAAGCUCAGACGAAUCUCCAGAGUCUUCAGCUCCUGUUGUUCGCAUUCUUAGAGGAGGGAGAACCAAGGCUGUUCCUCCAACCCCCAAACGCUCCUCCAAAAGACUGACCAGGAAGGAGGACAAGGUAACCACAGAGGAGGGAAAGAUGACAAUAGAUGAGGAAAAUGUGCUGACGGAGGAGGAGAGGGUUACAACAGAGGAAGAAAAAGUGACAACAGAGGAGGAGGUGGAGCAUAGCUCAGAAGGGGAGGAGCCAAGGGAGGAGCCACCAGUGAUUGACAGGAGAGUUUUGAGGCAGAAGAUCAAAGUGAUCAGUAUAGAGGGAACAGCUGAGCCAUUUCAGAGACAUUCAACUUGCUGACUGUGCCGUCAGAGACGUUCUUCAUCCAUGAAAGCUGGAGCUAAAACCCAUUUCUGGAGAUUUUGUAUUCACUUGUAUGGUUUACACUUUAUUUGUAUGCUGGUCCACAUCUCAAACAAGGAUCCCACUUUACCUCGGUCUACUUUUCUGUGAAUUUCAGCUGCUCUAUUUAUUCUAUCACUGUAGCUGUUUCAGUAACGUUUUACUGAUUUUUUUUUAAAUUUUUUUUCCAAGCUGUGACUGUAUUUUUUUU